GUUCUAAGCUAACUGUUUUAUAAUUAAAUAGAAUUUUUAAAAUACAUCAGACAAUCAAAUGAGGAAUAUGAUCAAUAUUAUUAAUCAUAAUAAUAGUAGUAGUAAUAGGAUCAUUCAUAUUCAUCAAUUAGAAUUAUAUUUGUGAUAUUCAUGGAUACUUUAUUCAUUAUUCAAAUAGUUGUAUUCACAUUAUUAAAUAAUCUAUGCACAAACUAUGAAUUAAACAUUGAACCAGUUAAAACGAUUCUUGAAGACACCUAUGUUUCUGGCUGGAAUAGUUGGACCAAAAAUGGUGACAAAUACUUUGGAUGGAGAUAUCAAAGUUUGGCUGGAACUGGUCAAAUUGUUUAUGGUAUAUGUGAAAAGAAAAAUUCUUUGGUACAUAGUCAUAUACAACAAACUAAAGAAAUACAGAAUCAAAGUAUCCUAUCUGAAACAAGAUUAUCAUCAUCAUCAGCAGCAGCAACGGCAUCAUCAACAUUAUCAACUAUAGACAGUGGAAAUAUACCUGCUGAAUUUUGGUUAUUCAGUCCAUUGUAUAAAACGGAUACCAUAUUAAAUGUUUAUUUAGAGAUAACAUAUCAAAUGAAAAGUUGUUUACAACUUGGUUAUUUACAUCAAUCCAUUGAAUGUAAAGAACACUUAGAUAUAUUGGCUUAUCAUACUGAUGUACAUUUAUCAUCUAUGGUACCCAAGGAUUUUACAGAAUUGAAUAUAUUAACAUUUCAAGAAGGUGAAUCAUUUACCAAUGAACUUAUAACAAGUAGUUCACUAAAACGUGUCACAAUACAAAUACGUCCAACAAUGAAAUGGUUACAAAUAGCAUUUCGUGAUAAUGGUUCAUGUGUUCUAAUUGAUCGUUUAAUUGCUUAUCAUUUAUCAUGUCCAGCGACUAAAUUUCGUCUAAUUAAUUUACCAGAAACUGAAGCUGGACAUAAUAAAGAAGUGAGACAAAUUCAUGUACAAUGUAUUCCAGGAUCAAUUUUUGUUAAUCAAUAUUCUAUAUAUACAAAAUUAAAUGAUCAUUUAAUUCAUAAUAAUAAAUUAUUGAAUAAUCUAAAUGAUGAAAAUAAUGGAUUAGCAUUUUGUAUGGCUGAUGGUAAAUGGCAUUUACAAACAAAUCAUGGAUGUGUAUGUGAUGCAGGCUAUGAAUUAAUAGAACAUGCAGAAACAUGUCAAGCUUGUCCAAGAGGAAUGUUUAAAUCAUCACCUGGUCUACAACCAUGUAGUAUAUGUCCAUUGAAUUCAAUUGCACCACAUGCUGGUUUUCGAAUAUGUCAUUGCUUAUCAGGAUAUUUUCGUAUUGCUCCAAAUUUAUCUGCUGAACAUAGUUGCUUAGGCCCACCAUCUGCUCCAAGAAAUUUGAAUGCUAUACACAUUAAUGGAACAUCAGUGGUUUUAUCCUGGGAUCCACCAAUUCGUUCUGGUGGUUUUCAUGAAACCUUAUAUCAUGUUCAAUGUCAAGGAUGUCAAAUAGAUACGGUUAAAUAUCAACCUGGAAAUCAUCUAAAUGAGACUAAAGUUACAAUAACAGGACUAAAUCCACAGACACGUUAUCAGUUCGAUGUUUAUGCACACAAUGCUGUGUCGACUAAAACAGGAACUAUGUGGAUUAAUGUAGCUAGUGUAAUGGUUACAACAGGAUCGGCACCAACUUAUCUCAUAUCUGAUAUUCAAACCAAUUGGCUUAAUAUAAGUACAGUUCAUAUAAAAUGGGAAGUUUAUCAAAUUAUUACAUCAUCAUCAUCAUUACCUACAUCAACAAUGAUACCAUCUAAUCUAACUAAUUCAUUUGAUCCAAUUAAAAUAAAUAAGAUCACAACUAAUUUAACAAUAAAUUUCACAUAUCAAUUAUGUUUAUUUGAUCAAUCCAAUGAAAAUGUUCAUUAUAAAAAUGAUCAAACUUAUACUAUUCAAACUGAUCCAGAUCAUAAAAAUCAUUAUAGUUAUAUGGAUCAUAAAAAGACCAAUAUAAAUCUAACCUAUACUGAAAAUAAUAUUAAUAAUAAUAAUAACCAUAGCGGUGAAAGAAGUAGACGACAGUUUCUGUAUAAUAAAGCAAUGCAACAAACUGAUCUUACACAUGGUACUGGACUUAUUGGAUAUCCUGAUGCUGUACAUUAUACUAGUCAAACAGAAGUUAUAUUAUAUAAUUUAUAUUCAAAAUCAGGAUUUUUAAUACAAAUUCGAGCUCAAAGUCCUAACUCUUAUUGUCCGUUUAGUUCUCCAAUCCUUUUAUUAUCACCAAAAUUCAAUAUAACUGCUAACACAUCAGAACUAUAUAACAAUCAUCGAAUAAAUAAGGUUACCAACGAAAGUAUUUACAAUCAAUUGGAUCAUAUUAUACCCAUAUCCACGGCAACAUUACAUUCAAUGCCAAAUCAAAAAUCGACAUAUACAUCUUCUUUUAUAAAUUAUACAAUAGAUAAGUUAUCAAAUCGAAGUUCGUCAUCAACAUCAUCAUUAACAAAGAAUUUCUCAACAAUCACAUCAAAUCCAUCUGUAAUAACUAUUGGACUAUUUUUAUCUGUUGCGCUGACUACGAUGAUCAGCAUGAUUUUAUUGAUAACGCUCAUUGUGUUAUGUAUUUAUCGUAAAGAAAGGCGUCGUAAACUUAUUCAAAAGAAAAUCAGUCAAUUAUGGCCCAAUAUAAAUCAAUAUUUUACAUUCAAAUUAUUUAAACCUGAAAAGAAUAAAAAUAAAGUGAAAUCUGUUUUACUUAUUGACAAUAUACCAGUUAAUAUCAUUCCAUAUCAUCAAAUUAGAAUAAUUAGUCAAUUAAGUGAAAAUAGAUGUGGUUCAACUUAUAUGGCUAAACUUUUCAAUUAUAAUUUACCAACUCCUUCAGUAAUGAUGACAAGUUUUUCCAGAUCACAUGAUACUGGUACCAUAUAUUCACUAAAGAAUAUUGGUCCAACUGAUAAUGAUUCAAAAAUCAAUAACAUUAUGAUCUCAAAUAUUUUACAAAAUAAAUGGAAUCAAAAUUUCCAAAAAUCUCCCAAUGAUAACCAUCCAAUUUUAACAUUAAAAAAUAAUAAUGAUCAUUUAUUAGUAAUGAAUGAUUUCACUGAAUUACAUAAUAAUAAACUGAUUACAUCAUCACAUCCCGAUAUAAAUAACUCUCAUUAUAUAUAUGUAUUUAUACAAGAUUUAUCUCAUUUGAAAAGAUUACGUAAUAGACAAUAUGAUUACAAGAACCUAUUCUCUAAAGUACCAUGGAUUCAAAGAAGACAAUCAUCAUCAACAUCCAUUGAAGUUCAUCGUAAAAUUAAAAAAUUCUUAGGUUUAAAUGAAAAAUUAAUGAAAUUCAUUAAACAGUAUACUCAAUUUGAUCAUGUGAAUAUUGUCAAAUUUUAUGGUUUAAGUAUCAUAGAAAUAUCAAAGGCAUAUUCUUUAUGUUCAAUGAUUACAGAAUUUUGUAUAAAUGGAUCAGUUGAUAUGUAUUUGAAAAAUGUUUUACAAGGAAAUCAACCAAUUACAUUAGAUAAUAAUAACCAUACUAUUUCAUUCAAUUUAUCUCAAGCAAUCAAAAUGCUUUUACAAAUAUUAUCUGGAUUAGAAUAUCUUACAUUGAAUUCAUAUACAGUUGAAAAUUUCACCAGUAAAUCUGUAUUUCUGGAUGGAUGUUUCAAUUGCAAAUUAAAGAUUCAAUUUAAUUCAGUAGUAUGUUCUAAUAAACAAUAUCCUACAAUUGACAAUAACAAAAUCAAUGAUGGUUUCUUUCAACCGUUAUUACUAAAUAAUGAAUUUACCAACGAUUGCCUUCAUUCAAUAAUCAAAAAAGAUACUAAAAGAUUAGAUAAAUAUGAUAUUCAUCAAUCAUUCAUAAUGAAUCCUUCUUAUAAUAAUAAUAACGUACAACAAUCAUUUAGUUGUAUGAAUAAUGAUAAUCUUUAUGAAAUGUAUCAAAUAAUUAUUACCAAGGUAAUAUCACUCAAUGAACAUACUAAGGGUAUAGAUAAUGAAAUAGAAAAUUUGAAUCAAUCAUCAACAUCUAUACUACUAACAACCAAUUGUUAUUUAAGUAAUAUAUAUUCAUUUAGUCAAUUAAUAAUUGAAUUAAUUAUAGCACAAUUAAUGUUAGAAAAUAAACAUAAAUUUAUUGAUAUUAUUCAAUUAUUCAAUAAAAAUCAUAAUGGUCAUUGUUAUCAGAAUAUGAAUCUAUUAGAUAGGAAUUCUAUUUCAACUUGGAAUUUAAACUCUUCAUCAGUAGAUAAGUUUUCUAGUUCGAGUACAUCAUAUGCAUAUCCAACUUUUAUUGUACAUAAUCUUUUACAAUUAACAGAAUCACCACCACCACAACAACAACAACCACAACCACAACAUGAACACCUAGAUACUAGUGAUGAUAAGUAUAAAGAUAUGAAACAUUCAUUGAUUUCAUCGGAUAAUACUACUGAAUGUCAAACACUUCCAACAAUGAAGCAACCAUCUAAUCAUUCAUGUCAUAGUUUAACCAAUAGUCCUAAUCCUAAUACAACACUUCCAAUGGUUAAUCCACAUGUAAUACAUUCCAAUAAUUUAAUAAAUGAUAAUGAACUAUUACAAUUAUUGAAUCAACUUAUAAUGAAUCAACCAAUUUAUCAUUUAACACAAAAUUUAUAUUUGAAUUAUUUAUGUAAAUUUAUCCACUACUUAAUACCAUAUAGUAGAUUAGAUGAAUUACUUAUUCAAUGUAGAUAUCCUUCUAUAUCAAUGAAUGGAUUAUCAUUUAAAGAUAUAAGAAAACAAUUAAAAUUAGCAGCUAAUAUGGUGUCAUUCAUGACAUGUAAUAUGAAUAAAUCUAUUGUAAAUAAUCAUCAUAUACAUGAAAGUUUAAUUGAUUUAAAUGAAAAUCAAGAUGUAACGAAAAUAGAUUCAUCUUAAUAAUUAAAUCUGAAGAGCUGAGAUUGAAAUACAACUAAUAGAUUACAAGUCCAUGGAACUAUUCAUAAAAAGGCAUUCUACACAAAUUCCUGUAUUACAUUUCAUACAAUGUAAAUAUACUUUAGUUUCAAUGAUUAAAACAAUCAAAGAUUCUAUUAAUGAUCAUUUCUAUGUAAAUUUAUUCAUUAAUUCAAUUGUACAAAUACAAAAAGUAAUUUGGACAUUGAUUAUAUAGAAAGUAUUGUACAAUGAGAAGUAAAAAAAAAAUCGAUAUAAUAAUAAUAAUUACCUUGGUGAUAAUUCAAGCUAAUUUUUUUUUGUACAAAUACAUUUUUUCUUCUUUGCAAAUUGUUCUUUUCUUUUUUUCUCUUUUUAGUAGUUACGUCUUGAUCAAUACAUGGAUAGGUAGGUUAUAGGGAUGAAAGACAGUUGAACAUUAUGAUGGUAUUAUUGUCGCUUAGGAAAAAAGGUAACAAAAGAAUAAAAGUAAUGAAAACAAACCGUCCAGUGCUUCCAGGUUUU